AUGUCAUCGGCUCAGAGAAAGAGGUUCCUUCGUGCUUUGGCUCGGAACCCAGAGGAUUCCAUUGAUGCCAAGCCCUCACGUGAAGAGCCAAGCGCACCCAGUGAACCUGCGAAGCCAGUGGUUGAGCCUGUCAAAGGUGUCAGAUUUGAUUUUGAUACCUUGAGUCGAUUUCAGGGCAUCCAUGGUAUGGGAUUGAGCCCUGUUAGCGAAGAGGUGAAUUUCCGGAAGCGUCCAAACUAUGAUGGUUCCCGAAGAAGACACAUGAGACUUCAGCGUGCAAGAACUUCGCAUACUGAGAAUGGUCUCAGCCGAGCACGCGUGGAGGGCCUGAUCCGACGUGACUGCUGUCGGUGUCAGAGGAAGAUUUGUUUUGCCAAGUACCGGCAAAAUAUGGUAGACCAACUGCUGAAAUUCCUGAAGAUCUUUUGGUCUCUAGCAAGAGCUGCUCAGGAUUCUUUCGUGCUUUUCGUUGCUGGCGAUAAAGCCAACUGCCGGAGGUCCUGGUACGUCUUGGGCAAGCAGGUCCUAGAUCCUCGAGUGGCAGCUGACUCAACCACGGUUCUGGAGACCGCAAGUCGCUCAAUAGACUUUGCUUUGCAGCUGUGCGAUGAGCUGAGAGUUCCCCGCCCCAACCAGCUUUUGGUUUGGGCUGACAAUUGCGUGAGGGAGAACAAGAACGGGCAACUUCUGCGGUUCUUGAGCUGGUUAUACCAAAUCUACGGAUUGAUCGCGACGGCCAUGAAGUACAUUGACAUUUUGUCAGAUGGUCUUGACGUCGCAGCGAAGAUCGAGAACGUCUUGAACCGCAUCGGGGUCAGGCAUUGGAUAGGACAAAAGGCACGAAUCCGUGUGCAGUACAUAUCCGGUGUUCGGGAGUUCAAGAACUGGCUAUCGGCUGCACCGGUGACAUUUGCCGGGGGUCUCAAAACGGACGAGACGGGCCUGCACGCGUUCAUCUUUAUGCGCCGCUCAGACCUCCCUGCCAACAUCAACAUCGUCGCCCACGGUCGGGGUGCGGCCUAUGAGACUCACGAAUCUGACGUGAUCCUGAUGGUCAAACGCAACGCUUCGGACGAUGGAUUGUGUCAGGAGCCAAUGUUGGCGUUUCCAUACCGGUACGUUGCCCGAUUUGGCCCUUUGCCCGCUGAGCCACGAAGCCUAAAGCUGAUCAAACCCGCCAAAAAGAAAGACUACUUGGCUUUGGCCCAAAUUUUGCUUCGGACAAACCCGUCGGAAGCAACUCGGAGGGCAGUAGAGUUUUUAGUUGGGAUUUGCACUGGCUUAGACCCAGAGGCUGUUCCGACCAUUAAAUGGUUGGAGGAAGAGCCUCGAGCACCCGCUAUAGAUUUGGGGGGGCUCUCGGUGCUUGACAGGGUUGCACCAGCUAUGCGACUUCGGGCCCACCUGCGGCCGUAG